UCUCAAAUCUCCGGCGAUCGCAAACAACAAACAAUCUUCCUCUUUCACUGUCGAACGUUCGAAUUUCCGUCUGCAGCCAUCUGCCGACUGCGGAUACUCAUUCCCAUACCCACUUCACCCGGUAAAAGACACUCAACUACUAUGUCCGAUAUACAACCAACGGAAGAAACGCCGGUGCACACUCGCCGGCGCCGAAGGGAGCGGCCGAUGCUCGUCUGCCUCGAAUGUCAUCGCCGAAAGCUGAAGUGCAACAAGCAACGGCCCUGCGACCGGUGCUCAAAGAACAACCCCCCGUUGAAAUGCACGUACGUGAGACCGGUCCUCGGCACCGCGUCGAAGCGAUCGCCCCGUGAGCAGCAGCAGCAGCAAGCGUCCAACGAAAGGGAACAAGGCCCCGAUAUCAGGCAUACACCGGGCCACUCCGGUGAUCCGGCAGAUGCAAGACCUGAAACCAUAUUGUCUGCUGGGAAUCGCAGCGCUUCAGUUACCGAGUCUCGAGAUAGAAGCGUGGAAGCCGACGAUGCGGAUUCCCCGAAUCCUGGGCCCCAAGAGGGCUUGCUUGGUGGGAAUGCAGACGCGUUGGGUAUGUCCGAGAACGCCGGGACCCCGACCGUAAAGCCGAGCAAACUCAAUUCGAGAAGAACUUGGUAUGGGCGUAGUAGCAAUCACUGGCUUUUCCCAAAGUUUCAACACAUCAUGGCUCUCAUGGGCCGGGCUGGAUUCUCUUUACCUGGCGGUCACUUCACAACAUUCAAUGAGCUGAAGACUUCAUUGUACCAGCGGCGGACCCUCUUUCUCGGAGAGGCCCAGGGGCCCCAACUGUCCAUGUUUGAAGAGUUUCCAACAAGGCUCACAGCCGAUUUCUUAAUCCGGCAAUAUUUCGACACCUUUGGCUCCGUUUUUGCGCUCUUACAAAAGCCAAUUUUCCAAGACCAGGUCUUGAUGUUUUGGGAAAAGCCUGAGAGCGUGCCCAUUUCCGACUGUAUACAAAUCUUGCUGGUCAUAGCUAUUGGGAAUGGUACUCUAGACACGAACAGCGGUCGAUUGCCGGACACCAAGAUCGAGGGGUGGUGGCAUCUCAUUCUAGCGUGGCAGAGCGUCGCCCUUCGUUCCACCCCUUGCGAUGUCGGCACCCUUCAAGCAUGCUGCUUGAUCGACAUCAUGAGGCAGGUUUACAGCCUAGAUUCUACUGCUACUUGGUCCUCAUCUGGUAUGCUGGCGCGAAACGCAAUGGUGGCGGGCCUGCAUCGCGAUCCCUCAAUCACAGGAGACCCCCUCACAAAGGACGAGCUAGAGACUCAACAAAAUCUCUGGUACACGAUUCUAGAGCUGGAUUUACAAAGCUCGAUGAAUGAGGGACUUUUGACAACGAUAGGACCCGACGACUGGGAUAUGUCCUUACCAGCACCUCCAAAAUCGAAUGGUAUGGGUGAGGGAUAUAACCUAGAUGCCUCGUCGCCUGUGCGCUACUUGAUAUCGACUCUGAGAACGCGAAUGCGGAUCGCCAACUUCCUCAACGACAUCAGAUGUUCUGUGAAGUAUGAAGAGGCCUCCAAGUUACAGGAGACAUUUGAAGCUGUGGCGCGUCCGCUGCUAGCAAACAGCUCUCCUGACCGCGGAAACUUUGCUCUACAUUUCUCGACCGUUCUUUGCCAGAGGUCAUUACUUGCCCUUCACUUGCCAUUUGGUGUUCAAAGAAGCUCCUCAUUGGCUUUCUCUUAUACUUUGUGCGUCAGCACCGCCAUCUCAAUCCUCGAGACUAUUGAUCCUCCCAACAAACUGGCCAAAGGCUAUGACUUGGGUGGACUGGUGAACAUGAUGAGGACCUCCGGAUCCUUAUUUCGUACAGUGGCCCUACAAGCCGUGCUGUUUCUCUGCUUUCAGAUGGAAGCCUCCAUCACUGACAAUAAGCCCUGGACAUUGAUCGCCGAGCUCAGAGACCGAAUCAUUGAUAUUGUCGACCGCUACGCCCUCAUUGCCGAGAGAAGGCUCGCGACGCAAGACUUUGUAGGGAAGGCUUUCAUCAUAGCCAAUAUGGUAUCGGCGAAAGCCAAACUUGUAAGGAUGGGACACAGCGGAACAGAGAUUGAUGCGGCUAGUCCGGCUAUGGCCAAGGAUAUCGCCGAGGUGUGCUUCGCUAUCUUCCGAAAUCGGCCGGAUAUUCCUGGACCUGUCCAAGAGGAUAUGACACCAAUGUCGCUAAUGGAGUGAGCAAUGGGAUCCGAGGGUUGGUGUAACUGCUUAUACUUUAUGUACCGACACAGUGUGCUGCGAGAUGGCCAGAGUCAACAAACCAGGGAAGGGAGUCCGCCCAUUGACGACGUAGAGUUAUUUGAAAUGGCAGCAACGCAUGUUUCUUUGAUCUAGGAUAAAUCCACGAAGGUCCCAAUUAUAGACGUAGGCUAUGUUCAGGACUAUCAGUCAACGGCGGAU